AUGGACCCAACCGCUGACGAGCACCGGCAAUCGGUCGGUCGCACCAACGUCGAUGCAUUCUUGGCGACCCUCUCGCCGUGGGAUCUCCUCUACCUUCGCGACAAAUUCCGCAACGGCAAAAUCCCCAUCGUCGGCCUAGCCGGACUACCAGAUUUGCCUGCCGAAAUACUCUCUCUCAUCGUCACACAGCUCGCGCUAGAUGACAUCGUGAGCUGCCGCCUCGUCAGCCGUGCUUGGCACUCAUCAUGGACCCAAGGAGCUGUCAUCACCGCUAUCAGCCACUUCUUUUUCCCAGGUCUUGUCGAAAAGCACAAACAACUGAAUGAUAGCAAGUCGCCACAAGACCUUGUUCAGUUGUGUAUGGCAAAAUCUCUGCGCAGACGUCACGCCCGGCCCCUGCGCACAUCGUUCAUCUUUUGGAUGGAGCGUGGUUGUCCAGUAUUUAAACCACGCGUGGAGCAGGAGAGACAGCGGCCAAACUGGCUUCGUAGAUUUUACUAUUCGAUGGGGCCUCCUGUUUUCUACUAUGAAGGCCGCCUGGUGUGGCAAGUAAGCGACGUUGACGUUGUCAUUGACGACUUGCGCACAUGCGAACGCCGUUACUGCAACCUGACGGAGAUGCAUCUCCGUGGCCAAAAGCUAGUGCUUCAAGGCAUGUCGCGCGAUAUGCUUGUGUUUAUUGUGAAGCAGGGACCGGCCGGGUUCAACUAUAAUACCAUACAAGUAUGGCAUGUUGGAUUGGACGAAUGGAGACGUGUUACUCUUCCAGGACCGUUUGUGAGAUGUUUCGUCGAAGGAGAGCGAGCGGCUUUUGUCACAAGACAAGGCCUAGUGAUAGCUUGGUCUUGGAAAGACGGAGCGUUUGAAGUAGAUUUAUCUGAUGAAAUGGGUAGGCCACCCGAGGACUAUGAGCGUGGUACUGGCAUCUUCUCGACUCCGCACUCACAACGACGACGCUUCUUAAUGUCUGUCGUGAAAUACGAGAGCGGCAACCCCGUCAAGAAGUUUCAACAACUUAUCAAUGACGAUUCACUGAGCAACACACACCACGACUCCAUAUACAUCCCAUUUAGAAUCACACUACUAUGCUCCAAGAUGGGUCCAAAUGGACUCUACAAUCUUGGCAAACUCCUCACAGCGAGCUACGACGUCGACUCUCCACGGGUCGUAGAACUUGCGGCGGCAGGGUUUAACAUAUACAAAGAAUCAUUCAUUCAGCGAAAGUUCAUAAAGUCCAUUGGCAAUGGCGUAAUCGACCGGCCUCAGUUCCAUUUUGAACCGUCGGUAUGGGGUUUAUGCGACCACGAGGAACUCCUCACCACUUGGUCGGAGGGACAUGCUUCAACCCCACGAUGGGUAUCUCUGGAUUCCGCAGAUCGACGACUGGAUGGUGCGACAUCGGCAGCGGAUGACGUUUCAUUGUAUCUUAAAGAGUUGAACAAGUGUGUGCCUGUCUCUGAACCGUGUCGGAUUUAUGGAGAUGAUGACUUCCAGGUACACGUCACAACGCAUGGGAUUUUAGUUUGGUCAUUUACAGAGGAAACGCGGUUGCCUGCCAUGGAUGGUCCGUCAGAGUUAGAUGACGUGGGAGGUGACCCAUCAUGGUUGGAUGAGCCUGUUUUGGCGGUGGAUUUGAGGCCAUUUGCAGGGUAA